AUGAUUGUACCCUCCAGUGAUUGGAAUUUGUUUAGGAGUCUUGUGGGUUUGGUGGAUUGUAUCAGUUGUGUAAUAAAUAUCAGUAAUUUAUAAGAUACAUUGUUGGUCUUGGAAACAUCAAGGGAGAUGGCAGUACUCCUUUUGCUUCAAAACAUGGUUUAUUACUUUAUGUUUGGUGGGUUAUGGAAAUAGGCCUUUUUGUUGGCUCUGAAUCAAUUCAUAAUUGGUUGUUCAGUGUGCAUAUGGUAUUUCAAUUAAGGACCAGGCUAAUCCUAUACUGGCAACUUAUUCUAAAGUAUUUAUUGGGCAUUUCGUUAUCAUCUUGGAUCAUUGGCAUUUGGUUCUUUUAUAUUGGCAGUGGUUCAAUUCAUUCGAUUGAUGUUGGAAUAUGCAAAAUAUCAGACAAAAUAGAUGUCAGGAGAUAACAAAUGCACUAAAUGCAUACUAGAUUGUCUCUCUUGUUUGGUGGCCUGUUUUGAGAGAUUCAUCGAAUUCCUUAAUAAAAAUGCUUACAUUCAAAUUGCAUUGACGAGCAAGAGUUUCUGUCCAGCUGCUAAAGAUGCUUUUGAAUCAAUAUGGGCUAAUACCAUGAGGUACAGUCUAGUUUCUGGUAUUGGUUCCAUUUUUACAUUCAUUGGUAAGUUAUUUGUUGGUUUUGCUACAGUUCUGUUCUCAUAUGAAAUCUUUAUCAAUGUGGAACCAUAUAAAACAGAUCUAGCAUCUCCAAUUGUACCAUCAAUAGUCUGCUUUAUUAUAGCAUAUAUGGUGGCAAUUCUAUUCAUGAGUAUCUAUUAAAUGGCAUGUGAUGCUGUGUUGACUUGUUUCAUUUAUGACGAAGAAUUAAAUAAGUAGAAUGGUGGAAUGUCAGCAUAACAUUGUCCAGAGACAUUAAGAGAAUGGUUUGAUGGUACUUAAUCAUCAUGA